UAGCCAUUUUGGCUCAAGGCAUCCAGGUUCAGGCAGAUUUGGUGCAGGUUCCUCUUUGUCCUUAAUCAAAUUACAUACGCGAAAACAUUUGGCUUGCGGGUCGUUUCUUUUCUGUUCCGUGGGAUGGCGGUCCAGAAGACACCUUGGAUUGUGUGGUCCGCGUUUGCACUCGUCCUCAGCAUCAGCGUACCCACUGCGACCUCGAUUGGUGUGUGUUCCAAGCCGAAGUGUGCAGAUGACGACGCCCAACUCAUUGCGCUGGCUAACGGCAUCGGCGUCAAGAUCGGAGGUUGUGCUGAGGUGCAGGCUUAUUGCGAAGAUGCGGCGUACGGCAGCACUGUGCAGGCGACCUGCCCUGCAACGUGUGGCCUCUGCAGGGUGGCCAGCCCCAGCAGCUCCCAGGCGGCUAAGGUGCUGAUGGACAGGAGCUCCAGGGGCUCCCGGGACGCAGAUGAUCAACAGUCCUUGGACAGGGCUCUGGCGGCGAAAGGGCCCUACCCGACGCCGAGGCCGACGCCGUGGCCGACGCCGUGGCCGACGCGGUGGCCAACGCCGAGCCCGACCCCGAGCCCGACGCUGACGCCAGCACCGACGCAGGUGCAGGUGGCCGCCGUCGGCGACCCACACCUGCAGAAUAUGUUCGGUCAGCGGUUCGACUUGGCGAAGCCGGGCAAGUCUAUCCUGGUCAGCAUUCCACGCGGCAAGCCCGUCGAGGACGCGCUGUUGUACAGGCCGACGCACGUCGACUGGGAGCACGAUGCUCGGAUAUUUAUUUCCAGGAGGUCAACGUCACAGGGACGUGGGCAGACAAGGCGCAGCCCGGAGGCUUCCACUUCAACUUUCGCGGCGCGCGCGACAACAAGCCGAAGUGGGUGAACUUCGGGCCGGUGGAGCUCAAAGUCGUCCACUGUCACACUGGCGAGGGGUUGCAGUAUUUGAACGUCUACCUUAAGAACCUUCGGCGUGCUGGGUUUCAUGUCGGAGGGCUGCUGGGCGAGGAUGAUUACACGGAGGCUGCGACGCUCGAGGCAGGGUGCCAGAAGAUGAUGUCCCUAUUGGCGGGUCCAGAUGGUCAAGCUCCGCAUCGACAGGGCUCCACCGCAAUCGGUUAUUGAGCCCGCCUGCCCUGCCGUGGUGCAGGAUUAUAAAUUAUACAUCUAACUCGCUUCCAUCGUCGUCAACCUCCUCCUACUCCUUCGCCCUCUCGGCGCGCAUUUGGCGCGAACAUGCCGUUGGGAAACACCUUUGGCGUAUACUCGUCUGCUGUUGCACGCGUUUGGCGUGUCGCACGCAUUUGGCGUGUCGCCCUUCUUUUCAUUGCCUACGCGCAUUUGGCGUAUGGCUGCUUCGUUCGUUCGUUCGCCGGGCCGAGGAGGGGGGCG